CUCUCUCUCUCUCUCAAUAACCAAAAACCCUAAUUCCAUCGAUUCAGUUUCAUAUCAGCCUCGCAUUAGCUAUCCCACCCCCCAACCCCCCGUCUUUCUACUACCCCAUAUCCCGCCCCCCAAUUCCCCUCCCCCCCUUUCUAUAUCCAUAUACUCAUUCAUAUCUUCUCUCUUUUUUCUUUAAUUUUUCUCUCCUUCUCUCCACCUCAAGCCCCCGGGCCUUCCUCCUUCAAUUUCUUCACAUUCAUUCACACCAUCACCGACUCAAUUUUUCGAUCGAUCCGUCCCUCCAUCUCUGCCAUCUCUCUUUUCCGUUUCAGUUUUGAGGUUCUUAGCUUUGCUGAGGAAGGACGGCAACAAUGGUGAUGCAGUUUCUUGACUUUUUUUCCUACACGUGUAUACAGUCAGGUACACGUGUAUACAGUCAGGGGAUUGCAAUGUGUUCUUUACACGUGUACAUACUCAGGAGAUUGCAAUUUGUUUAUUUUACACGUGUACAGAGAUUGAAUGUAGACGUCGACCGACAUCUAGUUGGUGCUUUAGUUACGUGUCUUGAUUUUGUUGAUGAAGUGAAGGUGGGGGCUCCACUUUUUUUACCCAUUGAUGUGUGUGUCAGUAAGUUGUAUGAUGUAUGUUAGGAUCAUCAGCUAUACGCUUUCUGUUACUUGGCUUCUAGAAAAAUUUGUUUGACCAAACAAGUUCAAUGUGCUUUAGAUCUAUGAAAAGCCGAAAUGUUCUAUUAGAUAGCUGUUGGUGGAUAUAGGAGGAUUUUAGGUUUGUAUCUUUAUAGAGGAUAUUCAAAUGUGGGAAUGCAGGCGUGUAAAUGUUUUAUAGUGUUAAAUUUCUUUGGGAAGGAAUGACACUGGCAUCAAGAUAGAGCCUCCUGGAUAAGGCAGAAUUUGCUUGGAAUUAGAAAUAGAGGCCGAGGAGAUGUCUCCAGCAUCCAAAGCUAAAUCAAAGGACAAGAAGGCGGUAAAGGAACCUUCAAAGGCUUCUUCAAAGUCUUCAGGCCAUGCUAACACAGGAGCUGGGGUUCCUGCUAGUGGAUACAAUCCACUUUUGGGAACAUUCCACACAAUUGAGACAGCACCAUCAUCAUCCCCUGCCCCUCUUCAUGUUAAUGGUAGAUUCCGGAAUAUAGAUGAGACUGAUGAUCACAGUGGGAACUCAUUUGGGACCGGUGUUGAGUAUGAUUCUGUUUCUAACAACGGUAGUUGGUCUGGUGAGUCAGAAGAUCACAAGGAAAAAGCAUCGCAUCCACCUACCCGUCAGGAAACAGUACCUGGAGCUGACAAUGAUAAGCGAGAAAAAAUUCGUCAAAAGAAUGACAGGAAGCAUCAGCGCCAGAAGGAGAGGCGAGCCCAAGAGUUGCAUGAGCGGUGCAGUGGCUAUCUCAUGUCAAGAAAGCUAGAAGCAUUGGCUCAGCAGCUUGUGGCAAUGGGUUUUUCUCAAGAACGGGCAACAAUGGCUCUCAUUUUAAAUGAAGGAAGAGUAGAGGAAUCAGUAGCAUGGUUAUUUGAAGGAGGUGAAGAAGCAGAUAAGCAUAGGGAACAUAACCUUGAUAGUGGGAGUAAUUUGAAAAUUGACAUAUCAGAAGAGCUUGCUCGAAUUGCAGACAUGGAAAUUAGAUACAAGUGUUCCAAGCAGGAAGUAGAAAGGGCUAUAGUUGCCUGUGAGGGUGAUCUUGAUAAGGCAGAAGAAUCUCUGAGAGUCCAGAAACAGGACCCUCCUUCUGCCCCACCUAAGCCAGAAGAAACUGGUGAUCCACCUACCAUAGGCAAUGGCAAGCUUCCAGUAGCUGCAAGUCAGAAUCCAUUGAGGAUACAAUCCAAACCUUCUCCAGCAAUUACCAUACAGCAAAAAAGAGAUGAGAAAGAUUUCAAUUACACCAGAAUUGCAGUUACAACAGGGCCUCCACUGGAUCCUGGAAACAAGAACCUGCAGUCGUUAAAAAGGAUUCAACCAUCAAAAAUGGAGUGGGCCAAUCCGCAACAAAUUGGUGUUCCGGCAGAGAAACGGUGGCCAAUUGCUGGAUCAAAUCCUUCUGUUUCUUACUCUUUGGCGUCAUCAUUGCAGGCCUCACCUGCACCUUCUAAAGUGGAAGCUCGAUUUGUGACUCUUGGAAGUGAACUGAAGAAUCUACAGAUAGGGUCUGUCAGAGAACCUGUAAUAGUAAUGCAGCGCCCGCAGAACAUGAAUGUAAAGCAGACGCCUAGUACAAGUGUAAGUUCAUCUUCACCUGGGACAGCUGUGGGAUGGUAUCCAAAUAGUAUGGAAACUUUGAAGCCCAAUGGAUUAAUGCCCCCUGUUUCUGGUGCAAGAAGUUUAAGUCCAAACAGUGCAAGUACAAAUCAGCUGUACAACCAGUUUCAGUAUCAGCCUCAGCAGCAGUUUGUGUCGAGCAGUGGCCCGAUGGAAUCCCCAGGUAUAAGCCGUGGAAAUGGUUUAUGGAGCAGAACAGGAGCAUCUCCGACACUUGCUCCUGCAUCCAAUCUGGGUCUUUUCUCGGGGCUAGGCACUAAUGGCUCGUCAGGCUCCUCAUCUCCCGUGGACUGGAAUACAGGUGGCUCAAUGAUGCAGUUAGAUUACACCAACAUUGACUGGAGUUUGGAUCGUGGGUCUUCCAUUUCAAGGCCGGGUGGUUUGUGGCCUGGGAUGAACUCAUUCAUGCAAAAUGAGGCUCCUCGUACAUAUGAUUCAUUUUCUUCUGGAAUGGGUGUAAAGUCUGCCAUGAGACCCGUCCUGUCCAAUGGGAGUAGGGUUCCAAUUGCAGGGCUGCAGGAUGGAGUAGGUCCUUCUGAAACGUCAACGAGUGGUUCUCGUGAGUGGACUUCCCCCUUUGAGGAAAAAGACCUUUUCAGUUUACCCAGACAGUUUGUUUCCUCCCCCUCUCUGUAGGAUGGCUGGGAGGACCUAAAACAAUAAAAGGAAAAAGAAAAAACAAGAAACUGUGCUUGAAUUUCAUGUUGGUGUUGGUUCUGAUGCUUUUGCCCGUUUGAUUGUCAUUGGUCAACCUUAGUGGAAAAAGCAUCUUAAGUCUUCGUUUAUUGUUCUUCUGGUCCUUUUCCUUGUCUCCAAUUUUUUUUCCCAUUUGUUUUUGUUUUAUAUAUUUUAUAUUUGCCAUAGCGUCAAAAA